AUGGAGUACGUUACACAAACGGACAGAUCAGAAAAUCAGGUGUCUGCCAGCUAUUAUCGCAGGAUUAGUGCAAUCUCGGAAGUCGCCGCGCCACCCGCCCAGAAGUCGAGUGCUGAAGCUGAAAAGCCCAUAGAGCGUUCGCUCUCGUAAUUGUUAUUGGAUCAAGCGACCAAGACAGUGAACAACAAGCCGAAACGACUUUACUCGCAAGUCGCCGCGCCAUCUGCCCAGACGCCAAGUGUUGAAGCCGAAAAACCGCUCGAGCGCACACUUUCCGAAUUAUCCUUAGAUUCUCCAAAAACCAAGAGGAACAACGACACGCUGGAAUUCAAUCCACCGCUCGUCAUGGUCGUAAUCCAGUCAACUUCCACGAUGGCAGUGGCUGUCGUAGAUAUCAGGGCCGUCCACGACAAGCAGAGCCUGCCGGGUCCCAUUGUACUCAGAAACACACCAACGGAAUGUACGUAACUUGCUGGCGAAUAUUCGGAUAUACAGCAUCUCCAAGCAGCCAAACCGCCCGCAAACCUCCCUUGGUGAAGAAAUCAAAUUGUUCGCCUCCACCAUCUCGUACGCCUAUGUGGCUGGGAGGUACGAACUCAUCAAACAAGACCGCCAAGUCAAGACCCUUCUGGGUCUUCUGUCAGAGGUCCCCGGCCACUCGACAUCCGCAUCCUCCAAGGGACAACGGAAACUGAAGCGUAAGCCACUUCAGUUCGUGAUUCCGAAUCCGGCCAAGACAAUCACCAUCCAAAACGGUUUCGUGGCCUCGCAUCCAGCUCACAUCUGA